AUGAGGAAUUGGCGAGUUUUGACAGUGGUCCUACUGGUUGCCAGUGUUCAGGUACCUCUUUUUGUUCUUCCUUCUUUUGACUAUUAUCAAUUUCCAGGCCUUGCCCCGUUCAAAACGUCAAAACUGUGAUUGCACGCCUGGCGAGGCGCCAAAAUGCGGUUGCCAGGUGAUGCCGACGCCAGAAACUGGUGGCGGACAGAUGAUUUGUACGUGUUCACCGCCUGUACCUCCAAAAUGCGUCUGCACCGAAGGAAACGUGGUAAGUAGGCCGCCAAUCGCCAAUGCUCACGAAAAACACCAUGGUUUUCAGAAGAACAUAAUAACAGGCCCGUCGCUUCCCGCUCUCUUCAAGCCCUACAGCUGUGUGACCACUUGCGAGGGCUCUUGUCUCGACUCGUGCAACCGUCUGAACUUUAACAUGAAAUGCGGGCAAGUGUGCAACGAGGCGUGCCAGUUCACGUGUGCCAAACAAGAAUUCCCGUCGAGUACGACGACGACAACUGCGGCGCCGGCCACCACAAUCAAUAUGAUCCCACUGCCUCCGCACAUCCAAGAGUAUCGAUUUGUGAUCCCCGCCGCAAGUCUCCAAACGACCACUUCGACGACGACGACGACGCUGAAGCCGUUGGUGCUCACGCAGAAGAUUCAGGUGGGUCCUGGCGGUUGAAGCGCGUCAAAAUGAACGGUUUUGUAGAUCACAUGUCCCUCGGAAUGUCAGCCCGCUUGCAGUUUUGUGUGCACCAAGUUGAGACCAACUUUGAAGGUGAUCACACAAAUGUUCGACUCGAAGACGGACGAAGGAACGUGUAGGACCAGUUGUAGCAGUGCUUGUUUGUCGGUUUGCGCGUAAGUGUUUAUAAAUGAAGUGUAUCUCGGCUGCCAGUAGAGAUAUCAAAAAGUGGUCAACUGAUAAAAUGUACAAAAUGUUUCAAUGAGCAAUUUCUUAGUUGACAACUUUCUGAUAUCUCUAUCGGCACCUGAGAUACAUCGCUUUGAAUAAACGGUAUAUUAAAAGAAUGUAGGUCAACCCAGUUCAAUAGAUCACAACUUUUUUAAAUCAGCUAGAACCAUGAAUCACUACAAACUAGGCCAAGGUUUGAUCGAAAAUCUACUCCGACAAUAUAUUUGCAACCACAAACAGGUCUUCCGGCGUGACGGGCACCGAAUGCCAAUCGAAUUGUGCGCCCGCCUGCGAGGACACAUGCACCAUUGUGAAGCCGGUGAGAGCAUUAUUCGGAAAAGUGCCAAAAAAGGGCAAAAGUCGAUUUGUAGGUGGCGGUUGCCACGGCUCAAGUGAACGUGCAGCCGACGUCCGCCGCCGGAGGACAAUGCGUUUCCGUGUGCAUGCCCGCAUGCACUCAACAGUGCAUGUUCACCGUUCAGGUACUGUAGUUGCUGCUGCCACGCCCCUUGAGAGUACUGUAGUUCAUUCAGAUGCAAAUCGCCCUUCAGCAAGCGACUUCCAGUCAAUCUACUGAAAAACCGGGCCAGGCGGUGUUGAUCCCGAUCCCACCGGUCGGCAUUUUGGUCCCUGAAAGUUAGUUAACAAUAUCUAAAUGAAUUAAAAAUGUCUUUUCAGCCACUACCACCACUACAACAGCAUCUCCAGUCAUCACUUUGGGCACCAUUUGUAGGAAUGAGUGUUUGGUAAGGUUUUCAAAGUUUGAAACAUUCACAAAGUUGCCACUGUAAAAACCUAGACUAGAAUCUUCCCCAAAGUCCAUAUUCUAGUCUAUAACCCGUACAUUUAGUGUUUGACCCGUUCUCUAGACUUACGCUGACCCCCCCAACUGAACAUCCACUUGAGAAAUGUGCUUCACAACAAUAUUCUGAUGAAAUCUCGGCUAUUUCGGAAGCUUCAGCCUCGACGCGAGAAAACCGAAGGAACAUUGUUCAAACAAACAUCGAGAGAGACCCCCCUCGCAAUCCGAACAUCGGGGUAACCCACUCAUAAUUCCAUUGUUUCCUUCCUUUUUGCUUUUUGUGUGAAACAAUACAACGAACAAUAGAGGUGAAACGGGUCGAAAAUUUCGCAAGACCAAAAAAAAAGAAGAGAAGAAGUUUUCAGGUGCAAUGUGAGCACCAGUGCUCGCCGGGCAAUCCGAACUGUAUGGCGGCGUGCCAGACGACGUGCUAUCCGGUGUGCCAAUCGAAAAUGCGAAGGCGGAUGAAGGAGAUCAAGGCCGAACGACUCGUCGCCGAUUUUGUUGCCCGCUGA